CAGCAAUUCAAUCAUUCUCUCUCUCCUACGCAUUCUUAUCUGUAUGAUGUAUCGUAUCGCCCCCACCUCACCGGCUCCAGUUCCUUUCCCGAUCAACUGCUCAAGUCAGUAUGGCGAAUUACAAGUCCCUCGACGCCAUCUCCGUCGCCGAUAUCCAAUCCCUGGCGGGAAUUACGCCGUCGCUAGCCCAGAAACUCCAUGCCGAACUCGCCGAAAUCGUCCGAGAUCACGGCGCCGGCACACCAGCGACGUGGACUCACAUUUCCAGGCGCCUCCUGAACCCUGACCUUCCCUUCUCGCUACAUCAGAUGAUGUACUAUGGUUGCUUCAAGGACUUCGGACCUGACCCGCCCGCUUGGUCCCCCGACCCGGCUAGUGCAAUCUUGAGUAAUGUUGGCCAGCUCUUGGAGAAACAUGGGGAAGAGUUUUUGGGUUCAGGGUACAAGGAUCCCAUCUCAAAUUUUGCUGAUUUUCAGCAGUUUUCAGUCUCAAAACCAGGAGUUUAUUGGAGAACUGUGUUUGAAGAAAUGGACAUUUCAUUCUCGGUCCCACCCAAAUGUAUUUUGCAUGAGAAUCCAUCACAUGAGAGCUCUGUGCCAAACCCAGGUGGUGAAUGGCUGCCCGGAGCAUAUCUCAAUCCUGCAAAGAGUUGCUUGAGUUGCAACAGUAAGAGAACCUUGAAUGAUGUAGUAUUGAGAUGGCGGGACGAAGGAAAUGAUGAUCUGCCUGUAAGCAGCAUGACACUAGAGGAGUUGCGCGAAGAGGUCUGGUUAGUUGCCUAUGCACUUGAUACAUUGGGUUUGGAGAAGGGAUCAGCCAUUGCAAUUGACAUGCCAAUGAACGUCAAGUCUGUGGUUGUCUACUUGGCUAUUGUGCUGGCUGGAUAUGUAGUUGUGUCAAUUGCUGACAGCUUUGCAUCAACAGAAAUAUCAACCAGACUUAAAAUAUCCAAAGCAAAAGCCAUAUUUACACAGGACCUUAUAAUUCGUGGUGAGAAAAGUAUUCCCCUGUACAGUCGAGUUGUGGAGGCUCAGGCACCCAUGGCAGUUGUUAUUCCUUCCAAAGGAAGAAGCUUCAGUACAGAGUUGCGAGAUGGUGAUGUUUCUUGGCACGAUCUCCUGGAUAGAGUUAUAGAUUCCAGAGGGAAUGAAUUUGCUGCUGUGGAACAACCAGUUGGUGCUUUCACAAAUAUUCUUUUCUCAUCUGGUACAACAGGGGAUCCGAAAGCAAUUCCAUGGACCCAGGCAACUCCUUUGAAAUCUGCAGCAGAUGCAUGGUGCCACAUGGAUAUCCGCAAAGCAGAUGUUGUUGCCUGGCCCACUAACCUUGGCUGGAUGAUGGGUCCCUGGCUGGUGUAUGCUUCAUUGUUGAAUGGAGCCUCAAUUGCUUUGUAUAAUGGAUCACCACUUGGUUCCUCGUUUGCCAAAUUUGUGCAGGAUGUCAAUGUUACAAUGCUUGGGGUCAUCCCCAGUAUUGUCCGUGCAUGGAAAAGUUCGAACAGUACAGCUGGCUACGACUGGUCAUCCAUUCGCUGCUUUGGCUCGACUGGUGAAGCUUCAAGUGUUGAUGAAUAUUUAUGGUUGAUGGGGAGAGCCAACUACAAACCGGUCAUUGAAUACUGUGGUGGCACAGAAAUUGGAGGUGGUUUCGUUACAGGAUCCUUGUUGCAACCACAAUCAUUGGCUGCUUUCAGCACUCCAGCAAUGGGCUGCAGAUUAUACAUUCUAGGUGACAAUGAACUUCCUAUAGAUGCGGCUGGAAUCGGUGAACUAGCUCUUGGUCCUCACAUGUUUGGUUCUUCAAGCACACUGCUGAAUGCUGACCACUAUAGCGUGUAUUUCAAGGGAAUGCCUUCGCUUGAUGGAAAAGUCCUGCGGAGGCAUGGCGACUUUUUUGAGCGCACUGCAAGCGGAUACUAUAGGGCACACGGUCGUGCUGAUGAUACGAUGAAUCUCGGGGGUAUCAAGGUUAGUUCUGUGGAGAUCGAGCGAAUUUGUAAUGCAGCAGACGACUGUGUCCUCGAGACAGCUGCAAUUGGGGUGCCACCCCCUGAAGGUGGUCCUGAACACUUGGUUAUAGCUGUUGUUCUCAAGAACCCAGAUCAUUUAGUAGACUUGGAUCAGCUGAAGAAGUCUUUCAAUCUGGCAGUGCAAAAGAAGCUGAAUCCAUUGUUCAGGGUUUCUGUGGUUGUCACUGUUGCUUCCCUUCCGAGAACGGCUACCAACAAGGUCAUGAGGCGAGUUCUGCGGCAGCAGUUCAGUCAGCCACAGGACAUGAAUCCUAAACUGUGGACGCCAGAGGAGUUGGGGACCGCGGAGGUGAAGAUCGGCGGAGGAGUUAGUGGACGACAAAGUAAACGCUUACAGAAGAAGGACGCGGCGGCGGCUGCGUCUUACCAUCCGCUUCCCAAGUGCUCUAGAGGUCUUACCGUCGUCAAGUGUUCCGUGGAUGCCCCUUACGAAGGCAGUGUACCGAAGUUCCCUCGGAUGACUGUUUGGGAUCCUUAUAAGCGUCUGGGAGUCAGCCCUUACGCUAACGAGGAGGAAAUUUGGGGUGCUCGUAAUUUCCUCCUGGAACAGUAUUCAGGACACGAGGGGAGUGAAGAAUCUAUAGAAGCUGCUUUUGAGAGACUUCUGAUGACCAGCUUCAAGCAACGUAAGAAGACGAAGAUUAAUCUGAAAACCAGGCUAAAGAAGCAGGUCGACGAGUCUCCAGCUUGGGUGAAGAACUUGCUCAGUUUUGUGGAACUCCCUCCAAUGGAUAUCAUCUUCAGGAGAUUGUUCCUUUUUGCAUUUAUGGGUGGAUGGAGUAUCAUGAACUCUGCUGAAGGCGGACCUGCUUUUCAGGUGGCUGUCUCUUUGGCAGCAUGCAUAUAUUUCCUCAAUGAGAAGACAAAGAGCCUGGGCAGAGCUUUUGCCAUCGGUCUAGGAGCUCUUGCAACUGGGUGGGUAUGCGGCUCCAUUCUUGUUCCCAUCAUUCCAACAGUUCUAAUACACCCUACGUGGACGCUGGAACUCAUGACGUCGUUGGUAGCCUACUGUUUCUUGUUCCUCGGUUGCACUUUCCUCAAAUGAAGUAAAGACUCCAGUUAGUGAUACCAGAACUUUCAGUCUGUAUGAUCACAACUCUAUUGAACUUGGAUUACAGCAUUUCUUGUUUGAUAAUGAUCAAUGCGAAUCGAUGUCUCUGUACUGCAUCAAUUUUGUUUCGAGUGCCACUGAAAGUGAAAUCAAUCACAUUCCCAGCUACUGACCAACUCUUUUUUUUUUUUUUUUUGGGUAGAAUACUGGACCAACUCUAUUGUUAUGAUCAGCUAACUACAAAGCUGCUGUCUGAUGCAGAUAGUUUGCCUAUCCCGACGUACACAUAUGACAAAAGUUUAAAAACAAGUAGACAACCUUUUUCUUUGAAAUUGAAACAACAGGGAGAAACAACAAUCAAUCCAACGUGAGAAGAAUGGUCAACUGAAUCAAGCUACAAAGAUCGAAACUAACAAGAAUGAGAACAAAUGAAUAUCAGAUGAAAGCUACACUUAGCGAAGAAACUAGUAGAAAGAGAGAAAACAAACAUCAAGGGUACUUCCCGGGAAGAUACUUUCUACUGGAACUCGACGACGAUUUGCUGAACCGUGCACAACAACCGAUGACAUACACCGAGAUGGCGAGUAUCAGAACACAGACGUUAAUGAUCGCCAGAGACCUCCACUGCUGCUUGAUGUUGUACACGAAUGACGCCUUGCACGACUCGCAGUCGUAGCACAACUCGUUCUGCUUGUUGCUCCAUCCAUUGCAGUCUGGAUCUGCCCCCGCCGCGAUCCCUUUCUUGGGCGGGAUCCAGAACGUCUCGUUCCUCAUCGUGAAACCACACGAAGAUGGUGGUGUGCAGCAACCAGAGCGAGUAGAGGAGAACCGCUUCUUGAUGAAAUCGAUGACGGCACGAUCUUUAGCGACGACACCGUAACAGAUCCUGGCGUCGAUCAAGCAGCUCUUGAUGUUCCCCCAAUUCUCGUCGUUGACGUAAUAGCGACGGAGCCAGCCGUCGAGGUUGUAGAUCUUCAAUUUAGUGACGGUCCGCGCGAUGCUCUGAUUUGUGACGAAGAUGAGGAAAAUGGUGAAGAGGGCGAGGAGGACGAUGGCGGCGAACAUGACGAUCAAGUAGAGGAAGAUGAAGCAGCUGUUGCGGCAGCAGGAGCCGACGAGGCCGAUCGCCGCCACGCCGACCAGCGCGGCGCCGGUGAUCAGGAGCGGCCGCUCGAGCCCUUGCCGGCACUGCGUCGUGGAGUCGCCGGCGAUCAUCAGGUACAGACCGGUGCCGACGGCCAUUAGGCCUAGCACUAAUAGGAUGGUGUUGAUUAUCGCGACUAGCACGUUGCUGACAGUCGUCGCCAUUGCUUCUUGAAUUUCUUGUUGUUGUCCCUCCUCGAUUUGAAUUUUUUCGUCGGAUCGGAGAGUGUGUGGAUGGACACCAAAGACGACGGAGACAGAGCGAACUAAGCUCUCUUUGUUUUUUUCUUUUUUCUGUUUCUGUUCUG